UUUUUUUUUUUUUCUUUUUAAUCAAUAUUUCCCUGACCAUGUUUAGAAGCAUUAUUCGUACAGUAAAUGUCCAUAAUAGACAAUCCAACCUUUACUUGUCUUUACGUCAUGCUUCUACUACCUCCAGCAGAAGUAAGUCAAAUAGGAUAAAUCGAUUCUUAAUCCACUGAUUCUUUAUUGUUUUUAAUUUCUUCACUUUAGCCAAGGUAUUGACUACUGAAACGAUGCAUCCUCUUGUUCGACAAAUGGAAUAUGCUGUACGUGGUGCUCUUCCUAUUCGUGCAGAAGCUUUAAGCAAGCAAUUGUUGACUGACAAAAAUCUCGGGUUUGAACGUGUUGUAUUUUGCAAUAUUGGUAACCCCCAACAGCUCAAUCAAAAACCCAUUACUUUUUUCCGUCAGGUGGCCUCUUUGUGUGAAAAUCCUGAACUACUCAAACCUAGUAACCGUGAGACUUUACUCAAGUUAUAUCCUGCUGAUGCUAUUGCCCGUGCUGAACUAUUACUGAAGCAUAUUGGUAGUGUUGGGGCUUAUUCUCAUUCCAAAGGUAUCCAUCAUAUUCGAGAAAACGUUGCCAAGUUCAUUGAAAAGCGUGAUGGUUAUGCUGCUGAUCCUGAAAGUAUCUUUUUAACUCAAGGGGCUUCUGCUGGUGUCCAUACUGUGAUCCAAAUCUUGACUCAAAAUAACAAUUCCGGAUUUUUGAUUCCUAUUCCUCAAUAUCCUCUUUAUUCUGCUACAUUGUCUUUGGUGGAUGCCACUCAAGUUCCUUACUAUUUGAACGAAUCAAAGGAUUGGGGUUUGGAUGUGAAGGAUCUCAAGAAAGCAGUGGAUGAAGCUCGUGCAAAGGGUGCUGAUAUGCGUGCUUUGGUGAUCAUCAAUCCUGGUAACCCUACUGGACAAUGUUUAACUGAACAAAACAUGCGUGAAAUCAUCGAUUUCUGUCAUACGGAACGUUUGGUUUUAUUGGCCGAUGAAGUUUAUCAAACCAACAUCUACAAGCCUGAUUCUCGACCUUUCCAUAGUUUCAAAAAGGUGUUAUGUUCCAUGGGUGAAAAGUACAAGGAUCAAGAACUUUUCUCAUUCCACUCUAUUUCCAAGGGUAUGAUUGGUGAAUGCGGUCGCCGUGGUGGUUACUUGGAAUGUGUCAAUAUUGAUGAAAAAGUGAUGGAUCAACUUUACAAGAUUGCAUCUGUGUCGUUGUGUCCUAAUGUUCAAGGUCAAAUUCUUGUUGAUUUGAUGACCAAUCCUCCUGUGGAAGGUGAUGCUUCUUAUGAUCAAUAUAAAGGUGAAGUCGAUGCUAUCUAUCAAUCUCUUGUUCGUCGUUCUUCCAAAUUGGCCGACUGUUUCAAUUCUUUGGAAGGUAUGUCCACCAAUGCUGCUGAAGGUGCAAUGUAUCUCUUCCCUAAAUUGACUCUACCUCAAAAGGCUAUUGAUGCUGCAAAAGAAAAGGGUAUGGCUCCUGAUACCUUCUAUUGUAUGGCUAUGUUGGAAGCUACUGGUGUUUGUGUGAUUCCAGGAUCUGGAUUUGGUCAAGAACCCAAUACAUGGCAUUUCCGCUCUACUUUCUUGCCUGAAGAACACUUAUUUGACACUUUCUGUACCGAUCUCAAGAAAUUCCAUGGUAAUUUUAUGGCCAAAUACAAGGAUUAAAAUUAUAUUAGAUUAGAUCUGUUUUAUACUCUGUAUGUAGUCAUUGUUAUGUUAUUGUUAUUCUAUUUCUUUUUAUUUUUUUGUAUUACUUUCUUUUUUUUUUUUUCUUCAAUAAUAAAAAUCCUCA